AGAAUCACACAUCUCCAUCACCCCCCUAUUGUGAUGGGUCUGACAGCCAGGUUUGGGUCCGGAUUGGCGAUGAUAGCGGCAUCAAUGCCUUUUUUGAGGAGCAGGCAGGGGAUCUGAUUUCAUUUAGAAAGGAAAAAUCACUAAGUCGGUUGCUUUAUAAGAAAAAAUAGGCCGAAAACCCUUAUAAACAAGUGAAAAAGAAGAACUGUCGAAGCCACCCCAAACAUACAUCAACCUCCAAACGCCACUUCCCUUCCGACCGACCAUAAUUCAGUGGGAGGAAAUACUCUUCGACAAUGCCCUCCAAGGAACAUCACCGGCAACGACCCCCGUGAAGAACAAGGCUUUCGCUCAUUUCCGCCUCGCCACCUCUGACUCAGGGUAGGAGCCCCGCUCGAAUUUCGUAGCGCGAACCGGACUGGAGGAAAAGGACCCCACGGUCACAUCAUCACCAUGGUGUACUACUUGUGUUGACGCCGGCACCAGCACAAACCACUGCAACAGGGCUCCGGAAGCCACAACGUCGCACCACUCACCGCCAUUGCUGCCCGCACGGCCCAGAGCAGCCAGCGCCACUGCUAGACAAUCGCACCAUGCCAACGGUCUGCACAAAACGGAUCCGGGCGAUAGCACCCACUGUGUUUCUCUAUUGGAAGCAUUGUUUUUUUUUUAAGGGUAUUGGAAGCAUUGUUUUGGAGACAUGGCUUGGAGGUUUUUUUUGCGUUCCUUUGGUGCUCGCCGCUAUUCUGGAUUGUUCAUCAAGGGUGCUAUGUGGUCCCUGUCAGUCCUAGCUUGUGUAUUCCGUUAUUAUCAGCAACGUGAUGGAAUUAUUUGGAUGGUGAAGAAAGAGGCACAGGGAAGCAGAUUUUGAAGCGACCGCGCCCAGAAUAGAUGCCUCCAGCCAUGACCUCCAAAUGACUUGACGCCCAUGGCUAGCGGAAGCUAUUGAGACACCAUUCCUUGGCCGGGACACGACCGUCGACCAACCUGCCCGUCCGUGCGUCCGUCCGUCGUCCUCUACCUGCUGGCAAGGAAAGGCAGGCGCCGAUCCAAGGCCAUGGGGAAGCACGAUCACCACCACUACGACGUGGAGGCGUGCUACCCGUCGGGGCCCGACGGGUACAUGAUUGAGAGCCCGGAGCUGCGCUGGGCAUUCAUCCGCAAGGUGUACGUGAUCGUCUCCAUCCAGAUGCUCGUCACCGUGGCCGUCGCCGCCGCCAUGAACCUCACCGUCUGCGUCCGCAACUUCUUCCUCUCCCGCACCCUCGCCGCCCUCGUCGCCUUCAUCCUCAUCCUCAUCUCCCCCCUCCUCGUGAUGCUGCCCAUGGUCUACUACCGGAAGAAGCACCCGGUGAACAUGGUGUUCCUGGGCAUCUUCACCGUGUGCGUCAGCCUGUCGGUGGGGCUGGGGUGCCUCACCAAGCGCGGGCCCAUCAUCUUCGAGGCGGCGGGCAUGACGCUCGUCGUCGUCGUCUCCCUCACCGCCUACACCUUCUGGGCGGGCAGGCGCGGCCACGACUUCGAGUUCCUGGGGCCCUUCCUCUUCGCCGCCUGCGUCAUCCUCAUGCUCUACGCCAUCGUCAUCAUCCUCUUCCCCAUGGGCAAGACGGCCGUGCUCGUCUACGGCUGCAUCGCCGCCCUCAUCUUCUCCGCCUUCAUCAUCUACGACACCGACAACCUCAUCAAGCGCUACACCUACGACGAGUAUGUCGCUGCCUCCAUCACCCUCUACCUCGACAUCAUCAACCUCUUCAGGGCCAUCCUCAUGGCCCUCGAGGCCGCCGACUGAUCUUGAUCGUAGCAAACCAGCCAGACCUAACAUGACGAUGCCUGCCUGGCGCAUGUAUGUAUGCUAAACUAGAUACCGUAUGUAGAUUACCAUGUAUGUAUGGAAAGUUAUUA